UUCUGUCUUCAAUGUGUACAGAUCCAGCCAGGAUUGAAUCAUAGCAACCAUGGUUCUAAAGACUAGUCCAGUUAUGACGAUUUCAUGAAGACUAGGAAUCAAACUGUACAGAUACUACUCGGGUGUCUCUGAGCUGAUCCAGCGACUACAGCAUGACAGACAUUACCCCGGAAUUCAAUGGCUUCUUAAAGCAACAUGGAGCGUCUUCUACAAGAGCCAAUUUCACCGUCGACAAUCUCGAAGACUUCCUCAAGGAAGCUUAUAGAAUCAACUCCCACAUUGCUUCGCUCCAUGCCGACCUCAGGAAUAUUCGACAAUCCUACCUCUCGACGGCCCAGCCGCGAAGGACACUUAUCCUGUCUACACACCAUGAUCGAUCUUCACGGCCCUUGUCUGACCGAGAGCGAGAGGAGAUCGAUGCAAAUGCGAAGAAAAUGUUACGAGAGCUCCAUGCGAGCAUACGGAGGUUGGCCGAUGUAGAACAAGCCCGAGCAGAUAUCGAAAGCAAACUCAUCCAAAAGAAAUUCAAUCGUGGACUGGGCGCAUUGGGAGCUUGGGCUUCGGGAGGUGUAUCCACCGGCAAGUCACCCGAGCAGACGACAGCAGAAGACCGCGCCAGAACAAUAAGCAUACACCGUGACAGCGUGCUAUGGCUUCUGCGACAUCAUUUACAGGAGUGCGUCAAGACGCAGCAAGACAUGAUGGAGAUCCGACUGAUGCGCGAGAUGGAGAAGAGUCGGAGUGUGCUGGCUAAAGCGCGUGGCCAGGACGUCGCCUCCUUACACAGCGCGAAAAGUCUCGUAGAAUCAUCAAACGGCUCUGCGGACUGGAGGAAAGGAAGCAUCCAGUCAGCAAGCCCGGAAGAGGGACAGGAUUACAAUUCUACAGCGGAUUUGUCGCCGGAACAGCUCCAAAUGUUCGAGAGGGAUAAUCAAGAUAUGCUCAAGCACUACGAAAGCCAGUUAGAUCAGGUCAGAACGGCAGAGAAAUCAUUGGUAGAAAUCUCCGAGCUCCAAACCCAGCUCAUCGACACGCUCACGACACAAUCAGCUGGGAUCGAACAGCUUGUAGCCGACUCAGAUACAACGGCAGGCAAUGUGCAAGGAGGCAACAGGCAGCUUACCAAGGCAACGCAAAAGGCGAGCCCAGCCAAGUACACGUUUUUCGCGACGUGCGGCCUUUGUGCAUUCUUGAUAGUAUGGGAUUUGAUAAUAUAACGAAUAGCCCAGCGUAUCUUUCAUCGCGUGACAAGCUAGAGAUAGAGCUAGGGAUGCUGUGCUCGGUGUCGAUGUCCGAUGGUGGGCCAUCUGCCUAGGGAAUUCUCGGAUGUCAACGAAGUAUUGUGCAGUGUUGCAUCAUAUUCAUCUGUAAUCACAUGCUCUCCAA